AUGAAGUUCACUACACCCAUCUCUCUCCUCUCCCUCUUCCUCUCCUCCGCUCUCGCGGUCCCGACCCCAGAGACAAACGCCGCAGCUGCGACCUCCGUCUCCGUCUCCUACGACCAGGCCUACGACGUGGCCGGUACCUCCAUGUCCACUGUGUCCUGCUCCGACGGUAUCUACGGCCUCAUGACCAAGUGGCCUACCUUCGGCAGCGUCCCCGGCUUCCCUCGCAUCGGCGGCGCUCCCACAAUCCCGGGCUGGAACAGCCCCAACUGCGGAAAGUGCUACGCGCUGCACUAUGCCGCGGGCAAUAUCGACAACACAAUCUACAUUACGGCGAUUGAUGCCGCUCCUGGCGGUUUCAACAUUGGCCUGAAUGCGAUGAACCAGUUGACGAACGGAUUGGCGACGCAGCUGGGUAGGGUGCAGGCAACGUAUGAGGAGGCCGAUCCAUCCCUCUGUGCAUAG